AUGGUAAAUUCAUCUAAUUUCUCUGCUGAAGAAAUUCAGCGUUUAUAUAAACGAUUUAUGAAAUUAGACAAGGAUAAUUCUGGGUCUAUUGACAAGGAUGAAUUCAUUUCGAUUCCUCAAAUUGCUACUAAUCCUUUGGCUUCUCGUAUGAUUGCUAUUUUUGAUGAAGAUGGUGGAGGCGAUGUGGAUUUUCAUGAAUUUAUCAAAGGUUUGAGUGCUUUUAGUGCUCGAGGAAAUAAACGUGAAAAACUAGAAUUUGCUUUCAAGGUAUAUGAUAUGGAUCGAGAUGGAUUUAUUUCCAAUGGGGAACUAUUUUUAGUACUCAAGAUGAUGGUUGGUAACAAUCUUAAAGAUAAUCAAUUACAACAAAUUGUGGACAAAACAAUCAUGGAAGCUGAUAAGGAUAUGGAUGGAAAAAUUAGUUUUGAUGAAUUCUUAAUCAUGGUGGAAAAUACUGAUGUGGCUAACAAGAUGACAUUAGAAAGCUUCUAA